AUAUAAUUACAACCGUGAAGAUGAAGAAAUUUACAAAGAGUUUCUAGAAAUUGAUACUGAUUUCAUUCCGCAAAUUGUUAAAUCUGUUGACAGACAUAAAAAAGGUAGCAUUUUAAGAGAUCCAGAAUGCUAUGCUGAUCUGCUGAGAUUCUACGAUGGUAUUUGUGAAUGGGAAGAAGGCAGUUCAACUCCAGUCCUGCAUGUUGGCUGGGCAACACACUUAGUAUUUUCAUUGACUAAAUUUGAUCCACGAGUUCGACAAAGCAUUGAUCUGCACAUUGAAGACAAAGAAGAAGAAUUGGAAGCUGAAGAUACAAUACCGGAUGAGAUGAAAGAGAAUGCUGACAAUGAAAACAAUAUCGAGAAAAAUGAUGAGACCUCAAUUACAGAAAGUUUGAACAAAAAAUAUUCUAAAAAGCGACGCCGCAAAUCAGGACAAUCACAGAAGUUUGACAACAAAAAACACAAUAAUAAUAACAAUGAUGAAACUAGUGAUCAGAAUAAGAUUUUGUUGGGUGUUACAAAGUCUUUUGAAAAGAUCAAUGGCAAGUCAAGUGAGGACCAAAUUAAAUGUGCUAUAGAAGAAUUAGUGUCCAAGACUGAAGAAGAUGGUCAAGAUAAUAUCCCAAAUUCUAAUAUAACUGCUUUGGCACAGGCAUGCGGAGAGUCAAUAUUGAACCCUGAUUAUUUGCUUGGCAGUGGGGAGCCAUUUGCUUUAGCUUCGGCUACAGGCGGCGCUACUAAUGCAGAUACUAAAGUUGAUUACGAUGAAUUUCUCAGUACCAAGUCAAAUGGAACACCGUUCUUUGGCAUGACAGUGGAUUCUCUUCUUAAAGCUGAAAGUCCUGCUGACAUGAUGAUGUGUCGAAAGUCUGCUGAUGGGGCAGCAAACUCUUAUGUGUUGCCAACUGUCUCCCUAGCUUUACGGAGUAAAAAAAUGAAAGGUUUGAGGAAAAUCUUGCAGUCAGCUAAACUGAAUGCGAGUGCUAUAAAACUUCAGCUUACUGCACAAUCCCAAGUAGAAUUCAGGCAUAAUAAGCGUGGUCUAGAAGCUGCUGAUCAGACUUCAACAAGGAAACGUCUGCGACGAGAGUAACCAAAUUGUUUUAAAACUCUUUUCUUCGAUUUUAUUUUUGUAAAGAAAAUAGGAAAAAAAUCUUUUUUGUUUUUAUUUUGUUUGUUUGUUUUAAAUAUUGGAAUAGUCUCUUAAAUCAUGUCUUUGUUGAACAUAUCAGUUGAUCUGGUUUCUCUAUUCUAUUGUAUUCAUUUAUUUGUUCACACACACAAACAUGCACAUAAUCACUGCACACACAUACACAUGCAGCCAAGGUGUAAAUUUUUUGUUUUAAUGUGUAUGUUUACAUAUACUUCACAGCUUUCAAUUUUUUUUUUUAGAUUAUUUAUUUAUCCUAAAAUUUUAUUUCUUAAAAUGCAUUACUCCCGACUAUCUCUUGUAUACUUUUCACAUUUUAGCUGUGAAAUGUAAUUUCAAAAGAAUAACAUAUUGCUAUGUUUAUGUUUUGAAAUUCGGAAAUUUAUGAAUAUUUGUUUAAAAGAAAGGAAGAAAAAAUUGCAAGGCUCAUUAAUUAAGAAAAUUUUAGAAAAUUGCAUGGAAAAUAUUUUAGACAUUGAUGAAAUAUUAUAUGUAUUUUAUUCUCUGUAAUCUGUUUUUUGUCAAUUUUGUUUGCUUUUUCUACAUUAUUGCAUUACUGCUAUCAUCUGUAUUCCUUUCAUAUCUUAUCUACAAUGAAUAUAAGCCUUAUAGUUUUCCUUUGUUAGGCUUAUUUACAAAAUAUCUGAGUUGUUAUAGAAUGCUAGAAUUAUUAACAAACUUCAUCUUCUACAACCUAGUUUUAACUUCUUGUCGAUAUAAUUUCAGGUAUAUCAAUACUUUUAAGCAAAAGCAUUAAUUACAGUUUUUUUUUGGGGGGGGGGAGUUAUAUUAUAUAUCAUCUGUUUGUGAAAUAUGGUAUCAUUGGUUAUCAGUUUCUAACUGGCCAAUUACUACUAGUUCCUGGUACUUCUAAUCAUAACUGGCAUCCUGUCAGUUCCAGUUUAUCGGAUCAACUAAACAGCUUGCUCAUGAAAUUAAUGUGCACAUGGCUGAGCACUCAUCAGACACAUGUACCCAUAACAUAGUUCUCAGGGAGACUCAGCAUGACACAGAAUAUGACAAGGCUGGCCCUUUUGAAUGAUGGGUACAACUCAUUUUUGCCAGCUGUGUGGACUGGAACAAUGUGAAAUAAAAAGUGUCUUGCUUUGAGGACACUACACAUCGCUGGGAAUUGAACUCAUGACCUUACAAAAUAUGGUCCAAUAUCCUAACUACUAAGCCAUGCACCUUUCUGAUCAAGUGGAAUAAAUACUACAAGGUAACUUUUGUUUGACACACUAAUUUAUUGAUAAGCAAUACCCCACUAUGUAUUGUGUGUGUGUGUCUGUGUAUAUAUACAUACAUACAUAAUAAUAGAGGAUAAAACUUU